AUAUUUAUUAACAAUAUAUAUAUAUAUAUAUAUAUAUAUAUAUUUCUCAGAUCUUUUUAUGCACCUGCAAUUUCAUUACCUCAUUCAACAAGUGAAACUUUUCAAACUUCUAUUUUUGUUUAAUGGGUAUCUUUCAAGAUGUCAUUUUUUAAAUUUAUUUUGGAGAAAAAAAUGAAACUUAUUUCAGAAAGAAAUGUCAUUUGUGGUUUUGUAUUCUUGGGUUGCUGUAGUUGGAAGUGCUUUACUUUGCCUGCUGUCCACUAGCAUUAGAUUCUUUGCUUUCAAUCUCUGUGAGCAAUGAGCAUUGCAAACUCAAAGACUUUGAUAGUUUGAUAGUUCAUUUUCUGCAUUUAUGUGUUCAUAAAGCCUCCUAGCUUUUCCUGUCUUCUUUUCUGGAUGCCUUUCCCUUUCUGAUAUUGUUUAUUAGAACCACCGUUUAAACUUGUUUUAUGCAGAUUCAAGGGUUUUAUUACAUUUUCACCCCCUUUCAUGGGUAUAAAUAGAUAUGACCGACAUUGGCUUUUCUCCAUUGCAGGAAGUCAGCAUAGGUUUGCGCAUUUCGUGUGUAUUUCGGGGGCGAGGAUGAGCUACAAUAGCUCCAACGCUGGUUCUGCUAGUAGAACUGCUAGCAGGGCGUUUGAGUUCGGAAGGACCCAUGUGGUCAGGCCUAAAGGGAGACAUCAAGCUACAAUAGUUUGGCUGCAUGGCCUUGGUGAUAAGGGCUCAAGCUGGUCCCAGCUCUUGGAAAGCCUUCCUCUUCCUAAUAUUAAGUGGAUUUGCCCUACUGCUCCUUCUCGACCUGUGGCUCUAUUUGGCGGAUUUCCUUGUACUGCCUGGUUUGACAUGGGAGAGAUUUCAGAAGAUGCUCCUGAUGAUAUCGAGGGGUUAGAUGCCUCAGCAGCGCAUGUCGCAAACCUUUUGUCAACAGAGCCUGCUAAUAUAAAACUUGGUGUUGGGGGCUUCAGUAUGGGUGCUGCAACUGCCCUCUACUCUGCUACAUGCCGUGUUUUAGGGCAAUAUGGGAAUGGAAACCCAUACCCAAUUAACCUAAGUGCAAUUGUUGGUUUAAGUGGCUGGCUUCCGUGUUCAAGAACUUUGAGGAAUCAGAUGGAAAGGUCGCACGAGGCUGCAAGGCAUGCAGCAUCAUUGCCCAUUUUGCUAUGUCAUGGCUUAGGUGAUGACGAGGUUGCAUAUGCACACGGAGAGAAAUCUGCGCAGACCUUGAGUUCAGCAGGAUUUAGAAACCUUGUGUUUAGAAAAUACAAUGGGCUGGGUCACUACACAAUCCCUGAAGAGACCGAUGACGUCUGUACUUGGCUAACUGCAAGUUUGGGGCUUGAGGGAUCCCGAUCUUAGUAGUGAAAACUCUCUGUGAAUGGCGAGAUAGCACGAGGAAUACAAACAAAGAAGAGGAUUGGAAGGGGCAUAUUAGAAUAGAUGGUGGCAUGGGUAUAUAUAUAUACAUGGUACUGGCAUUUCUUAUAACUACUAUUGCCUUAUGAUCUCUCCCUCCCUCCCUCUCUCUCUCUCUCUCUCUCUCUCUCUCUCUCUCUGUUACUCUCUUUUCGUCGAAAUAACUUCCUAACAGAGGCUCACUCUUGUACUCGAGUCCCGGUUGCUACGAGUUUUGUAUCGGUGUUCUUCGGUUAGGGUAGGGGAUGGGAGCUAGAUGGAGUGUCUCUGUCUGCAUCCACGAAAUUUUGUUGCUUUGGUAAUAAAGUGAGUACGAAUAUAUUUCUGAGCUUUUGAGAAUUUAAUGGUGCAUGUAAAAUGCUAGAUAAUGGAAUGGUUCUUAUGCAUAUUUGAA